AUGAAGUUGAUGCUUAAGAGUGCAAGAAGAACGAAACAUCAGGAUGUCAACCGUGUGGCAACGAAAAGUCAUGCCACCCUGCAAAUCCAGCAUCGGCGCAGUCUUGUUCUGCUGAGUGCAAGUGGGCCCGCGUGCGUCUGCAUUAACGGCUACGUGAGAGGACCAUCUGGUCAAUGCAUCCAGCAGAGUGAUUGUCCAAAACAGUAG